UUGCUUUCAACUCGCACAGCAGUCAACUGUCAAUGCACUCGUCCAGUAAUUGUACUUUUAGAAUUCGCGCAUCUAAUUAAUAAGUAUUAAAACAAACACAUAAUGGUUAACAAAAUAUGCGGCAAUAGUCUGCUAGCUUCGCUAGUCAUAAUUUUGGUAGCGAUGCCGGCAUACGGCAUUCCCAGGCCCAGUACUGAAAGCGAAAGCACAAAGCUCGCGGUCGAUCCCAGUGAGUAUCCCGGCGAUCUGGCUCCGGAGACGAUACUGAAGGUGCAGCAAUGCGAGAUGAAUCAGUCCACCAUGGAGUUGUGCAUGCGUUGUGCCAAGGUGACCAAAUCCCCAAUAAUCUAUCCCAUGUGCUGUAAUAAUGAUGAGAACAUCAAGGACUGGUGUUACGAAUAUGUGUAUUUUGGAAGAGACGACGACGUCUAUUAAGAGGCAAUGCAGCCCUGGAGAAUGUUACUUAUGUUUACAAAAAAAAUUAAAUGAAAAAUUUCCAGUACCCUGCGAGCUCUGCGGAUCAAUUGGCUGUGAUAUUAAAGGCAAUAUUAAUUUAAAUACUUACACACAUGUAUAUAAGCAAUUAAUAAAAAAGGAAUGAAAUUCAAU